AUGAACCAGCUACAUACGAAUCACGUAGGCGUCAAUAUCUGGCAUGGAGGGCUCAACGUCAUGAACAAGGCUCUUGGUCUCACAAGCGUGAAAUGUGCCCGAUCAUGUGUGGGCCUCCUCUCCAUUCCUCGUUUGUGUCACUCGACUGCUUCGUUAUCGACUGCUGGACAGCGACAACGGGACAACAACACUCGCUUUGGUAACAAGCAGCUGGGUCGUGCUUUGGAACACAACAAGUUGGGUCGUCGAGAGUACUCGGCUUGGGAUUUUGGAAAUGGACAACCGGAAUAUAGUCGGCCUCAGCAUGGCGUUGCCGCCACCUCCCCUUCCUACCAAGGAACCUUUCAGGCCAUCUUCUACAAGUCCGCAGGAGACAAUGCCUUCUACAAGCACACCGCCAGCACCAAACAGACCGCUACCACCGACACCACACCCAAGGAAAAGCACAACACACAGCCGAUCUGGAUCAGUGUCAAGCACUUUCAGUUCUCCAAGCCCGCCGCCGAUUCAACCACCACCACCCUUAAGAUUACAAGCUUCGCUGAGCACGAUCUCGGAAACACGGCCCGAAACGGCGUCAUCACUAGGAAAGAAAUCUGGGAAUUCAACACUACACACACAGUCGUCAUGGACAUCUCUAGCUUCGACCACAAGGACCAUCAAAUAUGGGCAAGGCAAGCACAGUGGAGUUGA